GGUAACAUUGCAUGUCAACUCUCGCCACAAAAUAAAAAUGGUGGUUCGGUACAUAAAAUAAAUCGGUUUAUUUCUUUCCAAAAUAUUACAGCACCAGAGUUUCCAGAAUUACUUGAAAAAUGUAUUAUACUCAUUAAUUUCAUGUUUGUAAAUAACAGCUACAGCAUUAACUUCCAUUUGUGAAAAGUGUUGUGUUUGACAAAUAACAGGUUGUUGAAGACACCGAUUUCGCUGCAUUUUUGUACUUGUAAUGUGUUGAUUUUGUUGUGCUGCAUUGUUGAUUUGAGUCAGUCAACUACUUAAAGACAACUUCACCUAGUGAUUGACUAAAAACAUCGGCUACACUCCUCGAUACUGAGUGAGACGGCUGCGAAAUUGGGAGGAAACCGUGAAGUCUUUAUUCUUCUCUAUCUGCAUGUGACCCAAAUAAGAGAUUUCUCCUCUUUGUGUUGCGAUACGAAUCUUAUAAACAACAAUAUAACGCACUGCUCUACACCACCAGCGAUCCUCAGAAGAUAAACAACGAGAUUCUGGACUUAGGCCACCUGUCACGGUUGAGCAACCCUGGGGUGUCAGGUGCAUCACAUUUGCAUGAGAACAGAGAUGCUUACUUGUAGCCAAGGCAUGGGGCAUCCUGAGCACUGAUCUAAACAAGUCAUAAAAGUCGAUGUUAUGCUAGCACAUUCCAAACAGGUUUGAAAGUAUUGUUGUCCAUAUUGAUAGAGAUGCUUUGCAAACAAAUUCAACAUUCUGUGAUAAAGAUUGGCUGGAGCAGAUGGUAGCAAGAUGAAGAUGAGAGACUAUGUUGGUUUAUGUAACUAGGAGGAGGAUCAUGCCACAAGAUGGCUAAUACUGAAAAUCACAGAUAUAUUGUACAGGUGUUUGUGGGUGCUCUCUCGGCCCACUAUGAGGCACUCUCGGUGGAGGCGUCCAAACAAACCAGCUCGGAGGAGAUCCUAUCCUGCAUUGCCGACAAACUCAACCUCAAUGACCGCUCCGGGGGACCCUAUGAGUUGGCAGAGGUGGUGGAGGACAAGGUGGGCGGCGAGUGCAAGGAGCGGCGGCUCGGGCCCGGCGAGUCCCCUGUUGGGGUCAUGCUGCUGUGGCCCAGCAACACCGCCGGCCAGUUCUACAGGUUCUACCUACGCGAGAAGAUCCCCGAGGAGCCAUGGAUGGAGAACUUCAGCGUGGACCCGCAGCUCAUCAAGGACUACUUCCAGCGGUUCCUGUACCAGCCCAAGGACCGCGAGUACCCGGACCUGUGCCAGCUGCCGGAGCUCAACGAGCAGACGCUAUUGGACAACCUGCGCGCGCGCUUCGCCGCCGGCUACAUCUACACAUACGUCGGCUCCAUACUCAUCGCGCUCAACCCCUUCAAGUUCUACCCCAUCUACAACCCGAAAUAUGUGAAGUUGUACCAGAACAAGCGGAUAGGCUCGAGCCUGCCCCCGCAUAUCUUCGCCGUGGCCGACGCCGCGUAUCAUUGUAUGCUGCGCGAGAGAACCAACCAGUGUAUUGUGAUCAGCGGGGAAAGCGGCUCGGGGAAGACUGAAAGUACCAACUUUCUACUCCACCACCUCACAGCGCUGAGCCAGAAGGGUUCACACGGCAGUGGCGUCGAGCAGACCAUCCUGAGCGCGGGACCGGUACUCGAGGCCUUCGGCAACGCUAAAACCGCUCACAAUAACAACUCGAGUCGCUUCGGCAAGUUCAUACAAGUGAACUACAAGGAGAACGGCAUGGUGCACGGAGCCGUUGUUCAGAAGUAUCUUCUGGAAAAGUCUCGGAUAUGCAGCCAAGGCCGCAACGAGCGCAACUACCACGUGUUCUACUAUCUACUGGCCGGCGCGAGUGAACAAGAGAAGGAGCAGUUGCAUCUGUUGAGUGUGGACAAGUACAACUACCUGUCCCGGACAGGCUGCAGUGUAGUGCCGGGAGUGGACGAACAGUACGAGUUCUCCAGACUCAAGCAGAGCAUGGAGAUGGUGGGCUUCACGCUGGACAAGCAGCGGAGACUGUUCGCUGUGCUGUCAGCGGUUUUGCUUUUGGGCAACGUAGAGUUCCAACCGCAACGCUCGUACCACCACGACGAAGCCGUCGGCGUAAGGAAUCCAGAAGUGGUGUCGCUCAUCUCGUCGCUACUGCGAGUCACGCAGGAGACGCUACUGGCCGCGCUCACGAGCAAGCGGGCGCGCGCGUCCGGAGAGACCCUCGUCAUCAACUACAGGUUACCCGAAGCGAUAGCGACGCGCGACGCGAUGGCCAAGUGCCUCUACGGCGCUCUGUUCGACUGGAUCGUGAUGCAGGUGAACCACGCGCUGCUCGCCAAGAAGGACACCACGAGAGACCACCAGGGACACAGCAUCGGCGUCCUUGACAUAUUCGGCUUCGAGGACUUCGGUCCGUCGAACAGCUUCGAGCAGCUGUGCAUCAACUACGCCAACGAACACCUGCAGUACUACUUCAACCAGCAUGUGUUCAAGUACGAGCAAGAGGAGUACCGGCGCGAGGGCAUCCGCUGGACGGACAUCGGGUUCUCGGACAACACGGGCUGUCUGCAGCUCGUGGAGGGGAAGCCGGCCGGGCUGCUGGCUGUAUUGGAUGAUCAGUGCAAUUUCCCGUGGGCAACGAAUGAGACGUUACUGCAGAAGUUCAACUCGGUGCAUGAAGACAAUCCUUUCUACGAGAAGCCGCAACGACGGGAGCCCGCUUUCAUCGUCAAACACUACGCAGGACGAGUCAAGUAUCAGGUGACGAAUAUGCGCGAGAAGAAUUUGGACCUUAUGCGGCAGGACAUAGUGAGCGUUUUGAAGAACUCGUCACUGGCAUUCGUGAGAGAGUUGGUUGGAGUGGACCCGGUGGCCGUGUUCCGCUGGGCCAUCGUCCGGGCUUUCUUCAGAGGCUACUUCGCCUUCAUGGAGGCGGGCCGCAAGCACCGGCUGCACCGCGUGGACGGCGCCGCGCGCCUGUCGCGCGCCUCGCUGCACGCGCCCAACGACUCCAUCAUCAGCCAACUGGUGACGGUCUCGACAAUCAAUCUAGCAAUCAACCGCAUUGCAACGCCAAAUCGAACGCCGUGUAAAACGCGCGAAACGACGAAGCGUGCGAGCGAGACGGUGAACUCUGCGCGUGCGCCGCUGAAAGGGACAAAGAACUAUAGGGUUGCCGAGACUCGCGUGCGAAGAGUGGAGAGAAUCGACGACUCCGAUGUGAUGCAGCGUGCGAGUCAAAUCGUGAUGAAGAACAAAUCAUUCAGGCCUCGCGAACGGGCGAAGAAGGGGCUCAAAAACCUAGAGAGUGUGAAGACAUUAGCAGUUAGGACAGCGGCGCCGGCGGGGAAGAGGAAACAGCCGCUGACUGUCGCGGCGCAGUUCCAACACUCGCUGGCACUGUUGAUGGAUACGCUCAAUCAGGCUAACCCGUUCUUUAUUAGAUGCAUAAAGUCAAACAGCGAAAAGGUGCCAAACGUUUUCGACGAAGAGAUAGUCCAGCGGCAACUGCGAUACACGGGCAUGUUGGAGACGGUCCGGAUCCGGCAAGCCGGAUACAACGUCCGGUUGACGUAUGAAGAGUUCAUACAGCACUACAGGAUACUGCUGCCUAAAGGACUGUUGAGCUCGCAACAGGACGUCAGGCAUUUCCUGGCUACGCUCAACUUGGACAGGGAUAAUUAUCAAAUCGGCGCAACGAAGAUCUUCAUGCGCGAGUCCGAGCAGACGAAGCUGGACUACCGGCUGCACCAGCAGAUCAUGGCGUCCAUCAUCACGAUUCAACGCUGGUUCCGAGCCGCGCUCGAGCGACGCCGCUUCCUGGCUCUGCGGAGAGCUUCGCAGUUGUUGCAGGCUCACUGCAGACAAUGGCUACGCGUCCGCAACGAAGCGGCAACCAAACUGCAAUCCUGGUACCGAGGCUCCCUAGUCCGUCGCUGGUGGCUGCGGCUGCGGCACACCGUGGUGGCCAUCCAGGCCGCGUCCCGGGGCUACCUGUUGCGCAGGAGACUGCCUCAGUUGCCUGCGCCGCGGAGCGUUUGUAGCGAUGAGCAUGACAGCAAGGCGCUACGGGCGAUAGAGGAAGUAAAGCACCAACGGGAGCCGAGCAUCGAACAACUGAGGAACAUCAUCGAUAUACAACUAAACAUCUUGAUACAAGAAGAAGCAGAAAAGUCGAGACAUCUCCGAGCAACGCAAUCAUUACCCAUAGCAAACUAUAAGAAAAACCUAGUGCUAGAAAGUUCAGCGGCGCAGACUUACGGCAAGAAGCGAGUCACGAAAACGCAAAACAUUUCUGAGCUACCGCUUAGGCAAAGUAGUUCCAGCUUAAUCCACCAAGAAGAAGCGAGUGAGUCGUCGGACGAGCUCGGCGUUAGCGUUAACUUCCCCAAGUGCCAGUCGGCGGGGCCGCUGCCCAACAAGAUCACGCCUGAAGACCUGGCGAAUGAACUGUUGUGGCUGCGGCUCGAUCAUAACUAUCUACUUGCUGAGCAGAACAAGGUGCGAGAGCGCGAGCUAGCGGAGUCCUUAGCCAGCAGCAGCGAGCAGUACCUGCGCGUCAACUCCGCCUGGAGCCACUGCGAGCGGAACAACACGCACACCGACACCAGCAGCACGCAGAACGAGUCAACCUACUCGUGGAAGUCCUCGCCUCCCGUCUACCAGCGCAGCCUGUCGCAGUCUCUGGAGCCUUCAGCAGCUCGCUCGCUGGUCAGCCUGCCGCCCGUGCGCCGCGCCCCCCGCCACGACCCCCCGACGGCCACAGGCGUGGACACGUCAUCUCGGCUGACGUGCGGGCCCGCGCCGCCCGCCCGCCACGCGCGCCGCUCGCCGCGCCGCCCGCCCGACCGCGCCACGCCGCCUGACAUGAAACGUGCGACCUCCGACCUGAUGACGCCCCUACUUGUAUCUCUGCGCACGCCCGGCGCGUCGGACGCGGCGCUGCGCCGGCGCAACUCGGACCCCGCGCCCGCGCCCGACCCCCCGCCCGACCCGCUCGGCCCCGACUACAUCGGACACACGCGCAACGGCCUGUUCCGCAUCGCCGGACACAGGUUUCGCAAAGGCACGCGGUUCGCAAAAGGCGACAACUGCGCUUUCUGCCAUCAAGCUGUCGACGCCUUCGUCACUCACGGCCAACGCUGCAUCGACUGCAAACAGUUAUACCACACCAAGUGCAUACAGAAUAAGGGCGUCAUAACUAUGCCAUGCACCAGCCCCGUGACGGUCACAAGAGGGCGCCACAAGCAACGCAAGCCAGUCAAUGAUCAAGCGAAAGCCGUCGCGCAGUCCAACUUCAAUCUCACGGGAACGUCAGAGUUUAUGGACCGCACGGAUAAAAUAAUAUCGGACUCCACUGAGUUGGAAGAGAUGCAGAAAUUCAUCAUGAAGAAGAUCUAUCAGAUGGAGUCGAAAGGGAAUGAGAAGCAGUCUGAGGUGGACAGGGUAUUCAAGCACGCGCUGCGCGAGUUCAAGGACAACCUGGUGGCGACGUACUGCGUCGUCGAGAACCGCGGCUCCGCGCUCAAGUAUAAGGACCUGAUCGGCAACUUCCUUCACGUGAUGGAGACGGUGUGCGCGCGCGAGGGCUCCACGCUGUCCAUCACGAUGGGAGUCAAUGCGUUCCGCGGCUUCAUGGACGAGUUCAUGAGCCAGCAUGAUACGGACAAGGCACGGACCAAGCGGAAAAAGGAUAAGAAGAGAAAGGUGGACGACCCGAUCCAGUACAAGGGGCACAACUUCAUCCUGUCCAUGAUCAACAUCCCGACAGAGUGCGAGAUCUGCAAGACGUUCUUCAUGUGGCCCAUAGAGAAGUCGCUCAUCUGCCAGAGCUGCAAGCUCGCGUCGCACAAGAAGUGCUAUACGAAGGUGACGACGCACUGCCGCAAGUUCGCGGCGACGCCGUCCGCGUCCAUCGUGGGCGCGCUGGACGCCGGCGGCCGCCAGCAGUUCGGCGUGCUCAAGCGGGGCAAGAUAUUCGGCGUGCCGCUGAGCGAGCUGCCGACGGGCGAGAGCAACAUCCCUCUGGUGGUGGACCGCCUCAUCACCACCAUCGAGAUGACCGGGUUGUACACCGAGGGAUUGUAUAGGAAGAGUGGACUCAGCUCUAAGGUGCGCGAACUACGGCACCGUCUCGACGAGGCUCCCGAAGAGGGCAUAGACAAACUAGACUCGUACGCGGUGCACGUGCGAGCGUCGGUGCUCAAGAGCUUCUUCCGCGAGCUGCCCGAGCCGCUGCUCACCUUCGACCUGUACGACGACUUCAUACUGGCCGCCGAGAUCACGGAUAAACAGGAGCGAGUGUCGUGCCUGUUCACGAUCCUGAAGAAGCUGCCGAAGCACAACUACGACCUGGUGGAGCGGCUCAUGUUCCACCUGGCGAGGGUCGCACUCGGUGAACAGCAUAACAGGAUGGGCCCGAACGCGCUCGCGAUCGUGUUCGCGCCGUGCAUCCUGCGCACCAGCAAGAUCCAGGUGGCGCAGGACUCGCUGCACGACAUCGCGCGCCAGACCACCUGCGUGGAGGCCAUCCUGCACGAGCGCAUGAGCACCGUGCGCGGCAUGCUGCAAGACAUCGAGACGCUGGACACGGCGUCGCACGCGGCCAACGCGCGGCUCUCGUCCAUGCCGGCGUGCGAGCUGGAGGCCGGCCGCGAGCUGCUCGAGCGGAACAUACACGAGAUACAGAAGGAGAAGGCCAUCCUCACCAGCAAGCUGCCCACUCUCGUCAGGACGACAUCGGACGACGACAUGCUGUCGACGACGGACCACGACGGCGAGUUCGGCAGCACCGACGACCUGAGCGGAGCCGCCUCGCUGCGCUCCCAGCGGCUGCUGCACCGGCAACUGUCGUCAGACGACCCCAUCAUGGUGUAAUUAAACACCCUGUAUACAAGCACAGGUAACCACGUGCUAGUUGCGGCUUAUGUCAAUGGUGAACAUUAAUGCUGAUUUGAUUGAGAGAAUACCACGGACAGGUGAAAAAUACCGCACAAAAUAUGCCAUACCCUGUUAACGAAUGAGUUGGCAAGCAAAAUCCGGGGUUAAUGAAGAUAUUGGGGUAAGAAGAACCAGCGCUACUGAUAAGACAGUGCUGUGAUUGGUUGAUCGGCUAUGAUGAUGACGUAGCGCUGAGGUGCGAUAGAUUUAAAUCUUCAAUCAUACGCCUGACCGUAGUUGUCCAGUUCGAACUUGAUGUCGUAUUUGCAUUAUAAUGUCGCUGGGAAAUUCUAAAUGUUUAUAUUAAGAACAAUGGCCCAACUCUGAUUGAUUAAUUUCACUCCACCAGAUCUAUGUGGUUUCAGAACUAGUGUGUUGGUGAAGAAGAGAGUAUGAAUGUCCGAUGAGUCGUUUAAUUCAAUGACUAUAAAUAUGCACUAUGCCCCAAUUGAAUAGGGUAAUUAAUGUGUUUAGGAUAAUGUGUGCAAGGUGCAUACGCCAACUAUAUAAAUACAACGUCCAAAUAUUAUAUUGCUUCUUGAUGAUUAUAUUAUGAUUAUAAAAUAAUGAAGUUAAAAUUAUACUAUGUUGUCAGUGGUUUGUACAAACUAUUGUAGGUAUAUUUUUCUUCCACGACUAAACUAUCUAAUUUCUUUGAAUACAUGUUCAGCACACAGCGGCUAGUAGUGACUGAUAUGAAAUCAUUCCAAAAAGAUAAAAAUACACUAAAUUGAAAAAUAUUAUGUCGAUGUAGUUUGAGUCGGUGUUCAUAGUACUCAUAUAGGUAUUUUGUUUUAAAAUUUAAAAUGAUACAGGGGUUGCAGAAAUAGAUGAGGUCUAAUAUAACUUCACAAAACGGAGAUGUGAGAGCUUUCCUGCUUACCGUGCAGUUUUGCAACCUCCUGUAUAUUAUCUUGCCAGUUACUGUACCUACGGUAGUUGUAGCAAAAUGAUAGGGACAUCAACUCUGACUGGCAUGUACGUAAACUGAAUACGUAAUGCGAGAACGCUAAUAGAUUCUAACGUGUUAUUAGAGGGUAAUCAUAUGUGACCGUGUGUAUGAAGAAUAUUAAGAACAUUAUAUUUGUUGUAAAUGUUACUGUUACUAGUAAAGAGCUUAUCCACUUGUCGUAGAGUAAUGUAUAAACCGGUCCACGUAACCCCGCAUCCUAAUAGUCUAUUUCUACAAACUAUUUUGAAUAGUCGUAUUUUUUCUACUUAACAUUUAUUUUUCUUCUAUUAGCGCAACUAAUAUAAUUAUUAUGUUGUAACGAUCCCUUUCAUAUUUUCAUUGUUGUGAUUAAAAGCGAUACUUGCCGCUACUGUUACUUUGUUGGUUAGAACAUUUUUGAAGUAAAUUUAUUUGUAUAUGAUGCCAAUAUUUUCUUCUUCGAUAUCAGACUGUUUUUCAAUUAUCAUUCCAAAGGCAUUUUAGAACUGAACUGAACAUUAACUCUAUUAAUAUUAAAUCAAAUUUUCAUAAAUACGUUAUUUACCGUGUUAUACGAAUAUUUUUUUUAUAGAAAGAAGUACUUAACAUAUAUUUUAUGAAAAAUUAUAUAAAAUAUCUGAAUUUAUACUCCAUGACAUUGACUCCAGCUCCAAAUAAAGGCGGCAAUAAAGUAUAUAAACAAUACACCAAAAAUAUACAUAUAUUUUUAAACCGCUUACUAUGUACCUUGCUUUAUACUUUUUUAUUUGCUUACAUUUAUCUAAAAGACUGUCUAUUUCAUAAGCUAUUGUAUAUGUUAAGUCACAAAAUAAUGAUUCGUUUCGCUUUCUGCCUACAUAAUAUAUUAAUCCCGUAUAGCUUUUAUUGUAUUUAGUAACUAUUUACUGUCUCUAACAACGAAUGUCGCUGUGAAAUCUGUUUUAUAAUUUUGUGGAAUCAAUUUUUAAACGAACUAUAGCUCAACUAGAAUUUUAUUAUUUUAAUGUAAGGAUUGCCCCAGUAAUUUUUAUAGGUUCGAUUUGUAAAAGAAUCUCAUCUUUCCAAGUUGCGGAGAAUUUACUGUUAUUUUUUAUAUGGUUGUGCCACAGCUGAGUCUGUCCGUGCCUUUAAUUGAGAAUUAUUUAUCACUAUGUCGGAAACUACACUAUAAUUUUACAGGAGAUUACUAUCACUGUCUGAUGAUUACAAUUAAUGAGGUAUGGCCGUCUAGAUUAAAAAUAAGAAUUUUAAAGCACUAGUUAACUGUAAACUCAACACACAAUCUAUGUAUAUCACUGGCUGGGGUCUGGGGCACCCAUUAUUUUUAAGUUAUUCAUUAUUUCGGUCGAGCCAUUAAUUUACAUUGCUUAAUCUUAUGAUUAUAAAAAACUAACAACUAUAUUUUACUAAACAUUUUAUUAGACACUAAUGAUAGCCAGAGCGCUCUUUGUAGGAAAACAUACUCAUAAUUUUAAUUUUCUAUAGGCUACUCUGUAUUGUAAAGACAUAAUUGUGCAAUGUGGCUACACAAGUACACUUUAGAAGUGUAUGUAUAUAAAUUGGGGGUGCUGGGAGAAAUAUGUAUAUAGUUUAAUUUAAUAUGUUUACCCUUAGCCUGGUACUAUUAUAUAAUAGCUAUGUCAUCCUGUAUCACAUGAAUAAUUUUAGGUAAGUGCCUGUCUGUUGUUGAGUUAUUGAUUCAUUCUAGGAAUCCUUUUUAAAAUGUAGUGGUGCCUAUGAAAUAUAAUAUAAUUGAUACUUCUAAAUUGUUGAAACUAUUAUUGUUCACUAUUAAUUGAAUUGAUUUGUUCCAAAGUUUAAUGUACUAUAAAUGAGUUGUGGUCCAUGACUCUUUAAGAUCUGUUGUUACAUGACGGAAAAAAAACUACCUAUCGUCUCUUGUUUAAAAUUUACAUGUUUUUUAAAUCUUUUCUUAUUUGCCGCUUUUUACUAUUGCAUAUUGGAUUAUAAUUAUUUCUAAGCAAUACUAUGAUAGCAUUGAAAAUGUUAAUAAUGAAUAAUGCUUAGUAUAUUUUUUAAGUUUACUUGAGCAUAUUAAGGACCAAUACUAUGCCAUUUUACAUAUUGUCAUUUUAUAUUCCUAUUAUUAUGUUACUUGACUGUGACCUUUGUCCUACAUGUUAAUCAUUAAUACCUUGUAAUAUACUAAAACAUGUAUAUUGUUCAACUUAUUAAAUAGGCCUCCUAUAAAAUGUGUCGAUAUAUGUAACCAAAAUGUUAUACCGUAUACAACUAUAAAGAUAAUAAACAAUUGCUGUGGAGAAAA